UGUGCUCUUGUUAUCAUCGUUGUCAUUCUUAUUCGCUUUGUGUCGCAAAGACAUUACAGUAAAAGGCUUGAUAUUACUUGCCCGCAACCCGACAUCCCCCAAUGUCCGAGCUUCUUUCCCCUCCUCCCGAUCCUGCCGGUGUGCCCCUCACCCAAACACAGAAAGAUUUGGUCGGAGGCUCAAUAGGAGGAAUUGCCCAAGUACUUGUCGGUCAGCCAUUUGACAUUGUCAAGGUCCGAGUGCAGACAGCUCCACCAGGAACAUAUUCUUCCCCAAUAGAUUGUGCCUCAAAGCUGCUCAAAGCCGAUGGUCCAUUAGGAUUUUACAAGGGCACUUUGACUCCCCUGUUAGGAAUCGGAGCUUGCGUUUCUAUCCAAUUCGGCGCUUUAGAAUGGGCGAAAAGGUUCUUUGCGCAACGGGCAAGAGGCCGAGAUUUGAACCUCGCGGAGUUUUGGCUCAGUGGGGCGUUUGCUGGGGUAGCCAAUACUGUUGUUGCCAACCCUGUUGAACACAUCCGUAUUCGCCUCCAAACGCAACCUGACACGUUGCCUCGCAUGUAUAACGGACCGUUAGAUUGUGCCAUCAAGCUUUACAAAAACGGCGGGGGUCUCAAGGGUGUAUUCAAAGGACAGGUGCCUACGAUGUUACGCGACGGUAUUGGCUAUGGUUGCUAUUUUUUAGCUUACGAGUCGCUUGUCCAACGACAUCUGCGUGCUACUAAUUUAAGCCGUGAUCAGAUUUCGCCCUUGUGGGCGGUCACUUAUGGUGCCGCCGCCGGAUACGCUCUUUGGUUCUCGAUUUACCCUGUGGAUGUGAUAAAGUCUAAAUUGCAGACUGACUCUCUUGACCCUACAAAGCAAAAGUUCAAGGGAUUAAUUGACUGCACUCGGCAGACUUGGAGGGCGCAAGGCGUGAAAGGCUUUUUAGGAGGUUUGGCGCCAACACUCAUACGUUCUCCAUUUGCCAAUGGCGCCACUUUUGUAGCUUUUGAACUUGCUAUGCGUGCUAUGAAUUGAUAUCUGUAGAGAAAAUGGUCGGAUUUAUUUAUAGUUGCUUCACAUGGACAGAGCUUAGAAACAAGCAUACUAUACCUGAAGCAUGUUAUGUGCAGUUUUCAGCAUAUAGAUACAAUCACUGAAUGAAGAUGUGAG